AUUUCAGUAGAGAAGAUUGUUAAGGCAGUGAAAUUUUUAAUUUGUGUUUACAGGAUCUCGGUGGUGGCAGGCUACAUGGCCGAGGAGAUUACAGGAGAGUCUGCCUUCAAGUUUAUGCAUAAGGAUGAUGUACGCUUUACAAUUGUAGCUCUACGACAGAUGUAUGAUCGUGGUAAAGGGAGUUAUGGCAGCAGUUGCUACAGGCUUCUGUGCAAGACCGGCCAGUAUAUUUACUUGCGUACUCAUGGCUACCUUGAGUAUGACAAGGACAGCCAGAAGAUAGUUUCCUUCAUAUGCAUCAAUACCCUUGUGUCGGAGGAAGAAGGUGUGCAACUUGUGCGAGAGAUGAAGGCUCGGUUCUCUGCCAACAUCUUGACAGCAUCUAGCCAGCAGCCAGCUCCACUUCCUCCCGCUUCCAUCCCGUCCACUUCCACUGUCACGUCUGGCCCCCUGGAAUCAGACCUGUUGGAGGUAGCUAUUUCACAACUUAUUUCCAACAUCCCUGCAACAGAGGAUGAUCAGGGUGGAGAAGAGGAGAGGCGCCCUGAGGUAUCAGAUACCCAAUAUAUGAAGGUUGUACACUAUUCGAAGGCUCUUCCUCCUGCAACAAUACAGGCAGCAAAAGUGGGCCUUGACCCACUUAUGUCAUUGUCUCAUGUGGGGCCUACCUCACCUACAAGACCACUUACUGUGACCAUCCCUGGAACACCUUCAAGGGUACAGACAGAUUCUGCUUGGUCUAUGGUGAAACGUGAAUCUGUUAUAACAUCUUUAGUGUCUUCUGUUAAGACAGAGCAUGUUCCUCGACCUCCACCACCAGUGCCACCUCGAAGGCAAGAGACUGUUGUGGUUAGUGUACAGGCAAAUCAGGCUGGAAAUAUGCCAGAGUGCAUGACAGGGUUGAGAACACAAGCAAAUCCAGUGUUGAAGCGGACAAGUAACAUUGCAGACUGUGAGGUACAGAGUAGUUCUAAGCGUCAGCAUGUGAGCUAUGCUCGGCGAAGGGAAAGACGCCCCACUGAACCUUCAGCCCAACUUCAUCUUGAGAGUCCCACAAUGGAUGAACCUAGGAGGACACCAGAUGAACAGCUUCGACUUAUCAUGAUGCGAGACUCUCUUGUCACGAGUCCUCCUGCUAAUUCCCUCUUACACUGUGUUGCAAGGGGAUUCUCAGAACCCAGUGCACCGAGUCCUGUUUCUCCAGCAGUUGGUGAUUUUGUUACUCCUGAAUUCCAGCGCUCUGAAUUCCAGCGCUCACCAGGGAACUUCACUGUAAAAAUAAAUCAAACUCUUGUUCAUAGUCCCAACCCCACUUCCCCCAUUGCUCCCAUGAUGUACAUACCGCUCAAUGUAAUAGCUGGCACCCCCAGUCCAGGCCCACAGUCUCCUGUUCGUGGCAGCAAUAGCAUGCUGGAGUUCAGCCCAGCACAUUUUCUAAACAGUGCUCACUCUCCUUCAUCUCAGCUCCCCACACAAGUGACUUCUUUUAGUGUAGAUGUAGGACAUGGAAAUUUCUUGGACAGCUUUGGUCCUCCAGGGUCACAUUCGCCUCCCCACUAUACCUCCAUCGGCAGCUAUGGUCUAGGGCGGAGUAGUGGUGUCACAGAUGCAGGGGAGAUGACCAGUAUGCUCAGUCCUGGUGACUCCUUUUCCUCACUGGGAACGCUGGACACUGACCUGACCGACCUUCUGGCAGGCAACACCAGCAUGCUGCUCCCUCCUACAGGUCAGCUAUUUGAUGAUGUGGGAUUGGUAUCAGAGCAGCCAUCAGUCAAUGAACAACUCCCUCUAGUAGAGCAGCGGCUAGUGCAGACUCACCGUGAGCUUGGUACCAAUCUGCAGCUGCAAAGACGAAACAUCAACCUGAUUGAAGAGGACAUGCAGCAAUACCCACUUAACAUUGCCAGCAAAGUGCUGAGACCACAGAUCUCACAAAUCAAGGCCCAGCAAAAGAAACAGGAACAAGAACUUAUGACAUUACAGCAGGACCACCAUAACAUACACUGCAACAAUAAGAAGCUGACUGUCUGCAGGAUGAACCAGGAUGUUGGCGUCUAAAUGGAUGGAUUCAGAAGUUAACCAAAGGUGCACUGUUAAUGGUGUUGUCAUUUGAGGUGCUUGUUACCAAGUGAAAAUAAUGUGGCACUGUUGUGGACUUUAACACAUGGCUGAGCUGCAUGCCAUAUCUCAGGCAGCCAAGCUCAGGUUUGAAUUUCAGUGUGAGAUUGCAACUUUGUAAUGGACCAAAUGAAGUCGGAAGAAAUUUGUAAAUUACAGCAUAUUGCAAGAAGGCAAAUAGCUACAGCUAGCACAUUUUUUGAGACAACUCCACAUAGCUCAUUAAAUGUACUGUACCAGGAAAGUAGGCCUACACUCAAAGCACUCAGCUGUUAAAUGUUAAUGUGAUUCAUAUGUAUAUGUUUUUUUAUCCUUUUCAUAGUCUAGCUACUGCAGCAUAGCAGAAUACAUCCUGAAACCUAAUCCCCGUCUCACACACAUCGUAUGUGGUGUUAAUUAUGACAAAUUAUCAGUCCCAUCAGAAUAACUGUUGAGUAUUAACUACACAGAGGUCAUUCACCAAACAUUCUGAGAGUGAAAACAAGGUGCUCUGUUUCAAUCUUUGGAGUUUGCUGCCAAGUUAGGUUUAUAGUUGUGUAAUUGAGAUUCAUAGUGUCUCUGUCACUGCCAUUUAAAUACUUUAUGUUUGAAAUUUGGUGGAUGUACAAAACUUGGACUCUGAUUUGAGAAAUUUGGUUAGUUUGUCAUGUUAUUCAUACUCUAUCAGAAAUGUUACUUUUACACAUUCAGAGUAGGAAGGCAGUUCUUGCUUAUAUGGCUCCUAUACCAGCCAGGGGGCUUUUUGCUCUGCACCAAAGUUGAGAGCUGUAGUUAAUUUAUUUUAUUUGUAAGUGUCAAAGACUAUUCUAUGGAAAGCUGAUAUGUCAAGAUUAUGACAAUCAAAAAUUUUAAUUUGAAGAGGAAGAAAGGAAAAUGAAAUUUUAAAAGGAAAUUUUUUUCAAGUCUUACAAAUUUUAAAAGACCCACAUUGCUUUACUUUUUUUGAGUAUUGUGAUGGUAAGAGAUCAGGUUUCUUUACACAAAAUAGAUAUUAGUCUGUCAGACAUUGCUAGGAAUGUUACAAUGUCAGGACUGAAAAUGUAAAUAAAAUCUGCCAGAUAGAUUGUUUGUUAUGUUACACUUUUUAAAAGAAUGUGUUUCUACGUGUAUUAUUGCUAUGUAGCCAUCUGGUGUGGGCAAGCAUCAAGCUGCCUAGGUAUGACUGUUAUAUUUCUCUGUCUAUGAACUUUUAAUGAGGGUGACCCAUACUCUCUGUGUCUCAGCUGUGAAAGCCUCGAACCUAACUGGACAAUGUACUCUAUGGUUAAGACAUAUCAGUUCUGUUUUGCCUUCAAAACUAUUUGUUGAAUGAAUCACUCUGUGUAGUUAAUAUUCAAGGGAAUAACAUUGUAAGUCUCAUUUUGUUGUGUGAUGUUGGUGGCAGCUGAUUGAGGCAUAUGCAUUGUUAUAUUUUGACCUGGCUGCUUACAUACUACAGUACCUGUAUUAGCCCUACCUAGUCUGUACCUUUAUGCUCCAUACCUCUUUCUUUCCCUUUGCUUGAAGCUUUUCUCUUAUUAACUGGCUAGGCAUGCCAAGGCCAUCACAGUACAUCUAUAUAUUAAGGGCACAGCAGUUGUAAUUUCACUACUCACCAACACACAAAAAUUCCAGAUAGUUUAUUUAAAUAGUUCAGCUAGUCAUCACUUUUAUACAUUUUUUAAUUAUCAAGUGCCUUCUGUUUUUCAGAAGAUAUCCAGUUUUGUAUUUUUUACUUUUACUAAAAUGAGAAACACACAAUUUUGUAUCAUUUAAAAAAAUAAUUUUUUUUAUUGUUAGAAUAUUUCAAACUUGCAGUGCCCUUGCAAUGAUAGUUCCAUCCAGAACUCCAGAAAUAUGUUAAUCCACUGAAUGUGAGAAAGUUGACAGAUAGUGAUGGCAAAAAUAUUUUUGUCCCCAGUCUCAUCUGUAAUAAAAUAUAAUAAAUAGAUAAUUUUAGAGUGUUCAAUACCUGUUACAAGGCUUGAAACUGUAGAUGACUGAUUUUAAUUUCACUAUAUUUUGUUUCAUGCAAUUGACCACUCUUUGUCAACUCAAGUUGUGUCACUUGUACACUGAGAGGCUGUAAACCAGUGAUUUUUUAAUAUGUAGCAGAUUUAAAUUGUAUUUCUGGAGCCCUGGUGCCAUCAUAUUGCUUUACAUGAUGGACUGAUGCAGCCUGCUCAGCUGUGUCCAAUUGUAAGCCGAGUCAGAGCACACAUGAUUAUCAAACAAGGUGACAUCCCAAUAAAAUAAUUUUCCUGAAUUCGGUUCAUCCAAGCAAGCAAGACAUGGACUCAUUAUUUGUUAAUUGUUUAUGACAUGGUACUCAGCCUGUUUGAUAUAGCAACUUCAUGUUCCAAAAUAGAGUUAAUCUAGUGUUCAGUUCAUAUGUACAUAGUAAUAACUGUUCUAUCUUUCUUUAUUAUUGUUUUUUUUUUCUGAGAUGGCAACAUUUUCUUUAUGGGCACUGUACAUAUUGAAACCUGCUCAAGAUGGUGUU